AUGUACCCCUCUCUUGAGGUUGCACAACAUAGUGAGAAGGAUGACGAUUCCUCCAGUUCUGAGAAGGACAUGGAUGCUGAAGGUUUGUGCUCUCUAGGGCAAACUGUGUCUGGUAAAGGAAAAUUUGUGGCAUCUAAAACUGCCAAUGCUUCCCAUUCUGAGAAGCAUGAUGUUGCAAAAGAUGAUGGAGCUGCCAAAUGGAAAUUUGUGAUUCAAAGAAGGGUGGCUGUGGAAAGGGAGUUAGGAAAGGAUGUUGUUUCAGUCAAGGAGGUCAUGGACCUGAUAAAGACUGUUGGGUUGAUAAAGACUAUGGUUGGGUUCUCUCAGUGCUAUGAAGGUUUAGUUAAGGAAUUCAUUGUCAACAUUCCUGAGGAUAUUGCUGAUAAGAACAACAAGGAAUUUUGCAAAGUGUUUGUGAGAGGUGAAUUGGAAGCUACAGACAAUGAGGUCUGUAGAGAAAUUACAGCUAGGCAGGUGAAAGGGUGGCCUAUUAAGAAGCAUCUUCCUGCUGGGAAGUUAAUUGUCAGGUAUGCUAUAUUGCAUAAAAUAGGAGCUGCAAAUUGGGUGCCUACCAACCAUAUUUCCACAAUUGCUAAUACCCUUGGAAGAUUUAUCUUUGUUGUUGGAACCAAAAUGAAUUUUGAAUAUGGUAGAUUUAUGUUUGAACAAAUUAUCAAGCAUGCAUCUACUAACGUAGUUAAGAUUCCUAUUGCCUUUCCCUCUAUGAUUUGUGGGACUAUCCUGAAUCAACACCCUGGGAUAAGGGUAGCAACAGCUAGGAAACAAUCGUUGGAAGCAUUGAUUGCAAGCUUGGAGAAAGCGGAAGGUGAAAAUAUUGAUCAUGCUAAGGAAGCUGAAGCCCACAGCUCUAGUGAGAGGUCUGCAACUAAUGAUGAGACAAGUGGCAAUUCUGUUUCUAGUGUUGAUGAAGCUGCAAGCUCAAGCUCCUCUGAUUAG